CCCAAUAUAUUCAUACUCAUCACACACUAAACAUCGGAUCAAAUAUUUACACACUAGCCAUGUCUCUUUUCAUCUUUUAAGUACUUUUUCGCUUCUCUGUUUCCCAACUGUGCCUCUGCACUCCAUUUUCACAUUAAAACAUGUCUCAGGUUCUGCUUCAUGGUACUCUUCACGUUACGGUCUACGAGGUUGAUAAGCUUCAUGUGGAAGGAGGAGGUGGCGGCGGUGGCGGUUUCUUCUCCAAGAUGAGGGAGAAUAUUGAGGAGACUAUUGGGAUAGGUAAAGGGACUGCCAAGAUUUAUGCAACUAUUGAUCUUGAAAAGGCUAGAGUUGGGCGUACCAGAAUGAUCGAACAUGAACCGACCAACCCUAGGUGGCAGGAGUCUUUCCACAUUUACUGUGCUCACCAUGCAACCAAUGUUAUAUUUACUGUCAAGGAUGACAAUCCCAUCGGUGCAACUCUGAUUGGAAGGGCUUACGUGUCUGUUCGCGAGUUUUUAGAUGGAGAAAAAAUAGAUAAAUGGGUUGAGAUUGUGGAUGAAAACAAAAAUCCUAUUAGCGAAGGUUCUAAAAUUCAUGUGGCGCUACAGUAUUUCAAAAUUACUCAAGAUCGUAGCUAUGCUCGUGGAAUUAUGAGCCCCAAGUUUCCUGGGGUUCCUUAUACAUUUUACGCCCAAAGACAGGGUUGUCGAGUCUCUUUGUACCAAGAUGCCCAUGUGCCAGAUAAUUUUGUGCCUAAAAUUCCUCUUGCUGGAGGAAAGUGUUAUGAGCCACAUAGAUGUUGGGAAGAUGUCUUUGAUGCAAUCACCAAUGCAAAACACUUGAUUUACAUUACCGGUUGGUCUGUUUAUACAGAAAUCACGUUAAUAAGGGACUCGAAGAGAGAAAAACCUGGGGGAGACGUUAAGCUUGGUGAGAUUCUAAAGAAGAAAGCAAAUGAAGGUGUAAGAGUUCUUAUGCUUGUUUGGGAUGACAGAACAUCUGUUGGUCAACUAAAGAAAGAUGGAUUGAUGGCUACCCAUGAUGAGGAAACUGAACAAUUCUUCCAAGGUACCGACGUCCAUUGUGUGCUAUGCCCUCGUAAUCCUGAUGAUGGUGGAAGCAUGGUCCAAGGUUUAACUAUUUCUACCAUGUUCACUCAUCACCAAAAGAUUGUGGUGGUUGACAGUGAAAUGCCUGAUAAAGGAUCACACAAGCGGAGGAUUGUGAGUUUUGUUGGUGGUAUUGAUCUUUGUGACGGAAGAUAUGAUUCUCCUUAUCACUCACUUUUCAGAACUUUGGACUCUGCACACCAUGAUGAUUUUCACCAGCCAAACUAUACUGGUGCAUCAAUCGAAAAAGGUGGACCUAGGGAACCCUGGCAUGAUAUUCACUCCCGUCUUGAAGGUCCAAUUGCUUGGGAUGUGUUGUUUAAUUUUGAGCAGAGAUGGAAGAAACAAGGGGGAAAGGAUUUACUUGUUAACCUAAGAGAGCUUGAUGAUGUCCUCAUCCCACCAUCUCCAGUCACAUAUCCUGAUGACAAUGAAUCAUGGAAUGUUCAAUUAUUCAGAUCCAUAGACGGCGGAGCUGCUUUUGGCUUUCCUGAUACACCUGAAGAUGCAGCUAAAGCAGGUCUUGUUAGUGGGAAGGAUAAUAUAAUUGAUCGAAGUAUUCAAGAUGCUUAUAUACAUGCCAUUCGUCGUGCAAAACACUUCAUUUACAUUGAGAAUCAGUAUUUUCUUGGAAGCUCAUUUGGUUGGAAAUCUGAUGAUCUAAAGGAUGAGGACGUCAAUGCUUUGCAUCUUAUUCCAAAGGAACUAUCACUGAAGAUUGUUUCAAAGAUUGAGGCUGGGGAAAGGUUUGCUGUUUAUGUCGUCGUCCCAAUGUGGCCAGAAGGCAUACCAGAGAGUGGAUCGGUUCAAGCCAUACUGGACUGGCAGAAGAGGACAAUGGAGAUGAUGUAUAAAGAUAUCAUUCAGGCUUUACGGGAUAAGGGAAUGGAUGAUGACCCUAGAGAAUAUUUGACAUUUUACUGCCUUGGUAACCGGGAGGCGAAGAAGAGUGGAGAAUAUCAACCUACAGAAGAACCAGAAGCAGACUCAAAUUAUUUAAAGGCCCAACAGGCUCGUCGCUUCAUGAUAUACGUUCAUGCCAAGAUGAUGAUAGUUGAUGAUGAGUACAUAAUAAUUGGAUCUGCGAAUAUCAACCAGAGAUCAAUGGACGGUGCUAGGGAUUCUGAGAUAGCCAUGGGAGGAUAUCAACCACAUCAUCUUGCAGCAAGGCAACCAGCAAGGGGCCAAGUCCAUGGACUCAGAAUGUCAUUGUGGUACGAACACCUUGGCAUGCUUGACGACACUUUCCAGCAUCCAGAGAGUGUAAACUGUAUUCGAAAAGUGAAUCAGAUGGCUGAUAAAUACUGGGACCUCUUUGCAAGCGAAAAUUUGGAAAAGGAUUUGCCUGGACAUAUGCUGAGAUACCCUGUUGAAGUUACAAGUAAUGGCGAUAUCAAAGAGCAUCAAGGCAUGGAGUAUUUCCCGGACACUAGCGCCAGGAUUCUUGGUGCUAAAUCUGAUUACAUGCCCCCCAUUCUCACAACUUGAUUGCUUCACUACAGAACCUUUUUCUUCUUCCUUAAAUGAAAUAAAUAACAGCUCUAACUUCUUUAAUAAAACCAGUGAUAAAGUAAUAAAUUAUCGAACUAUUUGUUUCAGACUUCAGAUUCGUAACAUGCAGUGACAUGUAUAUAUGCAUAUUAAUUCUAAUGGGAUUAGUUUUUGUAGUUCUUGAUGAGUAUUAAGGAUAUCUACACAGCAUUCUGGUUGAUGACUUGAUGCUAAUGCUUGAUUGACAUGGUUCGGCGAUCAAUAGAAUAUUUUUAGAUUUUUCUUUGAGA